GUUGCUUUCAGUUUAGACUCGCAUUCAGUGAAUGUUACCGAUCACUCGAAUGACUUUAACACAUUCACUAAACAUUGCAUGCUGUAAAAUGAAACUUUAUUUGCCACUCUGUUGCUUAAACAUUAUUCGAAUACAUCCCGAAUCACUUGGUUCAAACUGUACAUUUGGAUGUAAACAGUGUUUACAAUGUGUGGUGGUUUACUCUGUUGUUUGUGACCUUUCUGUUCCAUUCUGGUUUGAGUGUAUCAGUGGCAUCUGUGUGUUGACAGGAGAUGUUGGAAGCCUCAGGCAACGUGAUGGUACAGACAAGAGUUUAAGGGACAGGACGUCAGUUCUAAGAAAGAGCGCGGUGUACACGGUCUCACCAAUGCCGCCUCCAACAGUGCUUCCAAAAACAAAAUUCCAGUGUCCAUUGAAGAUUUCAGCUGGAAACAUCAUGGAAAAGGAGGUAACCGUGAAAAAUAUAAGUCGAGGGAGGACUACUGGCGUGUCAAAAUACUACAGACAUUCUGACAAAAGUGCCACCAAAGCUACACCAGGUUCUUCUCCACCUAAACAUCUCAUAGAAGAUCACGUUAACCCUGAAUGUUCAGACUUUGAAGCCAAACAAAGAGACGGUGUCUUUGAUCAGGUGUCCUCUCAGGACACCGGUUGGCCUGAUUGGUCGGGUUGGUGGUCAGAGGAGGUCAAAGGGGAGGGAGGGUUUGAAAAGCAAGAGACCAGCACAGAAGUUGAACACCCACAGAUGCCAUCAGAAACCAGCAAGAGUGAAAGUCUUCUCCAAAAUCACAAAGAUACUCAAUGGCAGGAGAACUUCACAGAUGAACAGAUGCAGAACGUGGAGAAGGAUGGAAACAAACAAGAGGAGAUUAAAGAGCUGAAACUCUAUAAGAUAGCUAAUGAACUUCUGCAGACGGAGAGGGCGUAUGUAGCCCGUCUACAUUUACUGGACCAGGUGUUUUGUGCUAAAUUGGCAGAGGAUGCUGGGAAGGGAACAUAUCCGCUAGAUGUUGUGAAGGGCAUCUUCUCUAAUGUGGGAUCCAUCUAUACCUUUCACAAAGACUUUCUUCUGCCUGACCUGGAGACACGGAUGAGCCAGUGGGAAUCCACACCCCGUAUUGGGGACAUCUUAGCACAGCUUGCGCCCUUUCUGAGGAUGUACGCCGAGUAUGUGAAAAACUUUGACAACGCAAUGGAUCUACUAAAGCAGUGGACGGAGCGGUCAGCGCAGUUUAGCGCCAUCAUUCAGGACAUACAGAGUCUGGAGUUCUGUGGAAAUCUCACUCUUCAGCAUCAUAUGUUAGAGCCGGUGCAGCGGGUUCCUCGAUAUGAGAUGCUGCUCAAAGAUUAUUUGAAAAAACUCCCAGAGGAUGACACGGACCGCAGCCAGGCCGAAAAGUCUCUGAACAUCAUCUCAAUGGCUGCAACUCACUCCAACAUGGCCAUCCGCAAGAUGGAGAACUUGAAGAAACUGAUGGAGAUCUAUGAGAUGUUGGGAGGAGAGGAGGACAUUGUGAACCCCUCAAACGAGCUCAUCAAGGAAGGACAGAUCUUAAAGCUCGCAGCUAGAAACACGUCAUCCAUGGAGAGAUAUCUCUUCCUGUUUAACAACAUGCUGUUAUACUGCGUGCCCAAGUUCAGUCUGGUGGGUCAGAGGUUCACUGUGCGCACACGAGUGGGUGUUGAGGGCAUGAAGGUACUCGAGACUUCCAAUGAUGACUAUCCUCACACUUUCCAGGUGUCAGGCAAAGAGCGUACACUGGAGCUGCAGGCCAGCUCAGAGCAAGACAAAGAGGACUGGAUCAAGGCAUUCCAAGAGACCAUUGACAUUUUUCAGCAGAAGAAUGAAACGUUCAAAUCGGCAUCUAAAGACGUUCUGGAUGAGGUGUCUAAAGAGGAGUUGGGAAAGAGAGCUCCGCGUUGGAUUCGGGAUAACGAGGUGACUAUGUGCAUGAAAUGCAAGGAGCAUUUCAACGCUUUGACUCGCAGGAGACACCACUGUAGGGCAUGUGGAUAUGUUGUGUGCUAUAAAUGUUCAGACUACAAGGCGUUGCUGAGGUACGAUAGUAACAGAUUAAAUAAAGUGUGUAAGGACUGUUACUUCAUACUGACUGGCAGAACAGGCACUGAGGAACCAGCAGGGGGCAAGAAAAAAGGAAUCCUUGAGAUUGAAGCUGCGCAGGUCUCGGGGAACAGUUUUAUGUGUGGCUUCCUGCAGUACAGUGACAGAAUCAAACCAUGUCAGAGGGUCUGGUGUGUGAUUCCACAGCAUGAUUCAUUGGUUCUUUACCUGUAUGGAGCUCCACAGGUUAGAACAUCUGCUACUUUCAUCUUCCCCGCAGGCUACAAAGAGACCAUAGUGAAGUCUGUUAUCAACCAAGCUCUACCCAGUGACACAAAGAGACUAUUCUAUAUGAAAGAGGCAGUGACAACCACAAGAGAGCUGAGAAUUGGAUGUAACUCAAUGAGAGCUUCGUGCAACUUCCUCUUCUUGGCGUUAUUCCGAACAGUGAUCCUUUGGAAGGUAAUCCUGUCCUAGAACACCAAGAAAAAAGGUCUCUGGAUUGUCCAAAACCAAAGCUUUUUGGUGUUCCCAAGACAUGAACACUACCCAUGUGACUUCAAGUAUUUUUAAAAGCAUUUUCAAGCUUGUUUUACAAAGGUAGAUGCACUUGCCAGACACUAUAGAGCUCCGAGUGAGGCAGCAAUGAUUGUUGCCACCCAUGGUGUGUUGUACAUCAGGGCGAGCUCUCCAAAACUACCAUGGUUUUUGUAGACCCCAACAACUGUCUCUUUUCCAUCUACAGUAAUGAGGAUAAGGCAAAACUUUAAAGGUUAUCACCCUGUUUCAUAACACGCUCGCCCUUUUUCACAACCUUCUCAAACAUGGCGCCUGGGUAGCUCAGCGAGUAUUGACGCUGACUACCACCCCUGGAGUCCUGAGUCGAAUCCAGGGCUUGCUGAGUGACUCCAGCCAGGUCUCCUAAGCAACCAAAUUGGCCCGAUUGCUAGGGAGGGUCUCUACCCUCACAUGGGGUAACCUCCUUGUGGUCGCUAUUAAGUGGUUCUCGCUCUCAAUGGGGCGUGUGGUAAGUUGUGCGUGGAUUGCGGAAUUUAGCAUGAGCCUCCACAUGCUGUGAGUCUCUGCGGUGUCAUGCACAGCGAGCCACGUGAUAAGAUGCGUGGAUUGACGGUCUCAGAAGCGGAUGCAACUGAGACUUGUCCUCCACCACCCGGAUUGAGGUGAGUGACCGUGCCACCACGAGGACCUACUAAGUAGUGGGAAUUGGGCAUUCCAAAUUGGGGAGAAAAGAGGAUAAUAAAUAAAUAAAUAAAUAAAACUUAAAUGCAUAGGUUUUUCACCAAACAUUAUUACAUACGUGGGUCUUAAGUGACCUGAUGUCACAAAUGGAUCUACAAAAUGCACAGACAGAGUCAAAUUUUCAAAACAUUUUCAAGACAAUUAGAAAAUAAUAGAACAGAAUAUAUUUUGAUGAUUUAUUUUUCAUAUAUCGAAGAGAUGAAGCAAAAUAUAAAGAACAGGAUUUAUUACUUCCAAACUGAAUUUUCAUGAGACGCAACUGGCUGUCAAACACAUAUUGAGGUACACAUCAGCUACAAAUAUGUAUUUUCUCACAUAAUUUGAGUAGUACACACAAAUGACAAUAGACAGAUCAUACUGUUCAUGUGUUACACUUGCUAUAGUUUACUUACAUGUUGCUUCGUCAAAUAGCAAUGUCAAAUGUAAAUCAAGACAAACACUGAAACAUCUGCUCAACUUUGAGUAAGAAAUAGCAUGCAUAAUAUGUAUGUGUACAUGCAUAUGGAAUACUGAUAAUUCACCAUUGCCACAUAGAAAAUCAACUUGAUAAAGUAGUCAUUUGUAUGAAUGCAUGCUGAAUUAUUGUAUUAUGUGUAUUAAAAUGUUUAGAUUUGAUUUAUGGGCUGUUUAGACUGCUUAUAUAUACACCGAUCAGUCACAACAUUAAAACCACCUGCCUAAUAUUUUGUAGGUCCCCCUCGUGCCGCCAAAACAGCGCCAAUCCGCAUCUCAGAAUAGCAUUCUUAGAUGAUAUUUUUCUCACCACAAUUGUACAGAGUGGUUAUCUGAGUUACCGUAGACUCUGUCAUUUCGAAUCAGUCUGGCCAUUCUCUGUUGACCUCUCUCAUCAACAAGGCGUUUCCGUCCACAGAACUGCCGCUCACUGAAUGUUUUUUGUUUUUGGCACCAUUCAGAGUAAAUUCUAGAGAGUGUUGUGAGUGAAAAUCCCAGAAGAUCAGCAGUUACAGAAAUACUCAAACCAGCCCAUCUGGCACCAACAAUCAUGCCACGGUCCAAAUCACAGAGAUCACAUUUUUCCCCCAUUCUGAUGGUUGAUGUGAACAUUAACUGAAGCUCCUGACCCAUAUCUGCAUGAUUUUAUGAACUGCACUGCUGCCACACAAUUGGCUGAUUAGAUCAUCGCAUGGAUGUUUGAGUAUUUCUGUAACUGCUGACCUCCUGGGAUUUUUAAGCUAGUAUGGGCCUUAUUUGACCCGACCAAAAAAUCAGUAAAAUAAGACGAAUGAAUUGAAGCUGCUAUAGCGAGUAGCCCCCUCUGCUGGUAAAAAUAAAUAGCACACGGUAGGCAUUGCUGCUCGGGCUAAGUUUCCUGCCAUGUAAUAUGAUUCACUAUGUGGGCUGUUUUGAACGCUCUGGGAAAACGGGGACGUCUGGUCACCCCAUUUUAUCCCUUGUGCAUCAAUAAAAAAAGUUACUCAGAGGUCCUUCGAGGACAAAAAUGUCCACGUUAAAAAACUGCCAUAAUAAUAUUAUAUAUUAAUAUUAUUUUCCACUUUCAGUUAGUUAAUUUUUUUAACCAACAUCAGUCCUGAUCAUAACUAUUAAAUAUUCAUUCAUUUUCAGGAUUUUAACCCUUUAAAUGCCAGUUUGUUUAUAUAAUGCCACUGUUGUUUUUUAUGAAAAAAAAUAAUAAAGUUAUUUAUUUGAUUAUCACAGUCUGGGAUAUGUCAAUGAUUAGCAACAACAUUGAUCUGAUGCAUUAUUAUUUUUUGUGCAGUGUCAGAUUUAAAAAAAACAAACACUCAGGACCUUAGAGGACAAAAAAGUUUGUGUCAAAAAACUGCCAUAAAAACAUUACAUAUUAAUAUUAUUUUCCACUUUCACUGACUUAGAUUUUUUUAACUAACAUCAGUCCUGAUCAUAACUACCAAAUAUUCAUUUUCAGGAC